AUGGCGGCUCCCGUUCUGAAUCCCAAUGCCUCUCUCGUGGGCCACAACCCGAUCCCUCUCGUGAAGCGGAUCCGCGACGAGCCGACCCCCGCCAGCGAGCUGCUCGCCCGGUUCGUCGAGGACGUCCCCCUCGAGAACCACAACGACGAGGAUCUCCGGGGCAGGAUAAGAGCGCUAACCGGGAACGACGCCGACGAUUAUCUGCAAAUGGCGGGCCUUGACCACAAGUCCCAUGACGCGAUCCUCCGGCUCUGCCACUUCGCCAUUAUCGCGGCUUGCGAGACGACACAGGGCCAGCCCAUCCAGGCCGCCAAAGACGCCGCGUUAGAGGCGUCCCGCCUCUUGGACGACAACCCAACCCCGACCCCAACCACGAGCAAGAAAGACGCGAGCGCCAAGCGCCAGCCGCCGAACGAGCAGACCCCCGACCAGCCGGGACCCUCGAACCCGCACAAGAAGGCGAAGCGCCAGUCCGUGCCGGCUGACUCUAGCGAGAGCAGCGACGACGAGGACCUCGAGGACGAUCUCGUCCGCCUCGAGCUCCGACACCUGAAGGAGGUUUGCCUGGAUCCGGGGAUCCAUCUUUACCCGCUGAAACUACAGAGGGCCCUCUCCAGCCUGUGCAAAGCAGCCAAGAAGACCAAACACAGGAGGGCUCGGGCCUUCCAGCCUCUGCCAACCAUACCUCGCCAAUGGACCGCAUCGCCAUCGGUGGCUUGCCCAGAGUGCCAUCACCCGAACGACAAGAAUUUUAGACAGUGCCAGAUGUGUGCGUACCAACGAAAACCUUUCAAGCACCCUCAAAAGACACUCCUCAUAGACGAGGUAAAGAUAAAAGAGCGUCUGGACGAAGUCAAAAACAUAGCCACAAGCUCAGAUUACGGCAGAAAGAAGGUAGCCAUGGAACAGGAGUUGUCCGAUUUCCUAGGAAACAUCUCCCCACCGAAAGACCUAAUCACCGCAUCCCCCAAGAAUGUUUGCGCCUUCCUAGUUUGGAAAGACAAAGGAGGAAAAACAGUAGUCCACGCCACAGAUUGCAAAAACUUCGGUAACAAACGGAAAACGGACUGCGGCUGCCCACGCCGGCUAGCAGCGGGAACAGUGGAUGCCAUGAUAGGACAAUUGCGAGCCAUAUUUAAUAACAGAGGCCGAGGGGGUGAGUGGAACGACACCAUAUGUACGGGAAACCCAGCGGCCGCCCCCAUGGUAAAACAAUACCUUAAAGUCGUAAAGGAAGAACAGGCUAAUGCCAUGGUACAACCGACCCAAGCACAACCGGUGUUCUUCAACAAGCUUGAGAGGGUGUGUCGUCACAUCGCAAACAAGAUGAAGGAUCCGGCCGUGAAAGAAGCCGCCUGGUUCACAUUAGCCCGCGACCAAGCCUUUUUCAAAAUCCUCUUCUUUGCGGCGGAUCGUGCGUCGGAUUUAGGAAGGUGCAAAGCUGAGGAGUUAGCGUGGUUGCCAGGGGAGAAGGGCAUUCGGUUUAACCACACCUUCGGAAAAACCCUGCGAGAUGGGUCCGCGAACGCUUUCCCGAUCUUAGCCGGGAAAAGCAAUGCAACCUGCCCAGUACAGGGCCUUCGAGUUUACAUGAGAGUAGCAAAAGCUCUGAAGAUCAGACUGAACAAGGGAUAUCUUUUCCGAACGGUAGACAAGUCGCGCAGAGUCUUGAACGAGCCUUUCUUGUAUGACGCGGCUCAGAGCCGUUUCAAGGCAUACCUAUGUGAAAUGGGCGAAUACGAAGGUGAAACACUCCACGGGGUGCGUACCGCCAGUGCCAUAACCAUGGCUUUGGGCGGCGCGGACGACUCCUCCCUCAUGACACAUGACAAGUCCGGGACUGAGACCUGGAGUCAGUCCCAGACCCAGUCCCGGUCCGAACUGAGUCCUCCAUAUCCAUCGUCCUCAUAUGUGGCUUCUGGACUUCAGACCGUUUAUGGUGCCUUUGAUAGUCACAGUGAGGACGUUGGAGGAAUCAUCCCUCCUUUCGGCACCCCUCCUUUCGCCACCAACCCUUCCACCACCACCACCCCUCAGGUCGUCACUACCCCUUCCGUCCGCACCACUCCAUCUGCGGCUGCAAGUGGCCCCACCAUGACGACUGGGACACAAGGCCCAAGAGUCUCCAGGACAUCCAUUGGCCGGGGGUUUUCGGUUCUAACGUCGACCUAUCGGCAAGUCCAGGGAAAAUCGGAAGAUGUGAAAGACUUCGCGAGUAAGGUGCGGGCCGUUUGUGACGACGUCUUCAACGUGCCUGAGAUGGUGGGGAACAGCACGGUUGGGAUGGGGAAGGAUCUGGGAAAACUAGACGGGGCCAAGGUAGAUGCGAUCGUAGACUUCAUGGCGGUGAUCGAGGGGGUGGACCAGGUCAGUAAGACGUUUCGGAAAGAUGUCUGCCACUGGAUUAACGAGAAGUGCAAGUCAGUCCGCCACCACUCCAAGAAGAAAGACUAA